AUGGUUCGAGCUUUGGUUGACGCCGGCAUCCACCAGGACGAGGAAUUACUUACCCGCCCCGUGGAUUGGCUUUUGAACCAGCAAAUCACCGACCGCGAAAUCGGCGAUUGGCGCGUUUAUAGGCCUACCGUUUGCGCUGGAGGGUUCGCAUUCGAAUACAACAAUAAAUGGUACCCUGAUGUUGAUGAUACGGCAGUGGGUGCCGUUGCUCUUUUACAUCACGAUCCAUCUUUAGCAAACCAUGCAAGCGUCUCAUCCGCUGCAGCUUGGAUAUUAGGCAUGCAAAACAAGAACGGUGGCUGGGCGGCGUUUGAUGCUGAUAACGACGCCUUUUAUUUAAACGAUUUGCCAUUUGCCGACAUGGAUAGUCUCUGCGACCCAUCUACUCCCGACGUCGUAGGCCACGUUCUCGAAUUCUUUGGUCUUUUGUUUCAGCUGGCACGCGAAUACAAGAUUAAAAACCCCGAUAUGGUGAAGCUUUUACCCAAAGCCCGCGCGUCUUGUACCAGGAGCAUCGCUUACCUGGCCCGGACACAAGAGGAAUUCGGUAGCUGGUACGGCCGCUGGGGUAUCAAUUACCUUUUCGGCACCAGCGCCGUCCUUUCGGGUCUAGCAUACUUUGUCGACGGGGACUCUAGGGUGCCAGAUAUGUGCGCGGCCGGAGUGAAAUGGUUAAGUGUACGACAGAACCAGGAUGGGGGCUGGGGUGAGACAACCGAGUCGUACAAAGAUAAACGACUCGCCGGUGUUGGGAAAUCAGCACCUUCGCAAACCGCGUGGGCAUUAAUGGGCCUGUUGGGAUUUCUAAACAUCAAGGACGCCAUUAUUGAGAAAGGCGUGGCACCGGCCGGAGGGGUGGCUGGCACGUGGCCCGAGGAACAGUACACGGCUACGGGGUUUCCGGGACAAUUCUACCUCAAGUACCAACUGUACAGCCAUUAUUUUCCCAUGAUGGCCCUGGGCAGAUACAGAUCACUGACUGGAGUCGAUUAA